UCGAAAUUUCGCGCCAAGCGUCUCAAGGCUCUUCGCGCGUGGACAGCUAUUUGUUUCCUAACAAAAUGCUCUCAUUUUAGCUUAAAGCAACACGUUGGAUUAUUGUGUUUAUUCGUUUAAUUCCUGACCUACUUGGAUGUGUCCAGCACUCAAGGAUUAGUUUAAAACAACAACUGCAAACAUGCCAUGCUGAUUUAGAGGACACACGAAUUUGUUAACCAAAUAGCGUGCAGGUGAAGAAAUUCACCCUGAUUUCGUGCCAUAAUAGCACUUGCAAAACCAACAGGAAUAUGUGCAUGCAGAGCUCCAACUAGGCUAUUUUUUCAAACUAACCUGAGGAGGAAACUAUACAAGUAUGCUGUGAAGCUAUCGUAGCCGCAUGGCUCUCAGACAGACCAGGUUACCAGUGUUACAUUUUUCCGAGGAGUCGUGAAUGUGAAGGAUGCAGCUUUUCAGAUCGUUUUGCGGUUUGUCUCUUGGAAUUAGAAGAGGAUGCCCUGGAAAGAUACACGGGUGAACAACGACGAUGAGAAUAUAACAUUUGAUAGUACACAAUGGAGCCUACGUAUGUGGCUGUAAAGGUGAAAGAGUGAGCCAAUGUGGUGGAAUAGUGCUUCAUCACUGGCCAGGGAGAGAAGUCACCUUGCAGAACUCAUCCUGGGAAAGAGAGACUCGUGAUUGUUUGUUGCCAGCAGGGAAACAACGGCAAGGUGUAAACUCAAAGACUGUGAAUGCUUGGCCUUGGGAGUGAAUAGGGGCCCUAUGGCAGAAAACCGCACGAUAUAGGUCCCUGCGUAUGAUCUACCAUGGACAAAGUGCUCAGCAGCCUCCUGCUUCUGGGAACCGCAGUGAUGAUGGCCCACGCAUGCCCCAAGUACUGUGUCUGCCAGAACCUGUCCGAGUCCCUUGGCACCCUCUGCCCAUCCAAAGGCCUACUCUUCGUGCCUUUAGACAUCGACCGGCGGACCGUGGAGCUCCGCCUGGGCGGAAACUUCAUCCUCAAGGUCACACCGCAGGACUUCGCCAACAUGACGGGCCUGGUGGACCUCACCUUGUCCCGCAACACCAUCAGCGCCAUCCAGCCUUUCUCCUUCCUCGACCUGGAGACCCUGCGCUCUCUGCACCUGGACAGUAACCGCCUGACCGAGCUGGGUCCAGACGACCUGCGGGGCCUGGUCAACCUGCAGCACCUCAUCCUAAACAACAACCAGCUCAACCGCAUCUCCAAGAUGGCCUUUGACGAUCUGAUGCUGACGCUGGAAGACCUGGACCUGUCCUACAACAACUUGCGGGGUGUGCCUUGGGAGUCCAUCCGCAAAAUGGUCAACCUCCAUCAGUUGAGUCUGGAGCAUAACCUCAUCUCGCACAUCACAGAGGGAACGUUUAUGGACCUGGACAAGCUGGCGCGCCUGGACCUCACUUCCAACCGGCUCCAAAAGCUCCCGCCAGACCCCAUCUUCGCCCGUUCUCAGACUAAUGUAAUACUGAGCACUCCCUAUGCCCCUCAGCUUUCCCUGAGCUUCGGCGGAAACCCCCUGCACUGCAACUGUGAAGUGCUUUGGCUCCGGAGGCUGGAACGAGAGGACGAUAUGGAAACCUGCGCUUCACCCCCCAGUCUAAAGGGGCACUACUUCUGGUACGUGCGGGAGGAGGAGUUUGUCUGUGAACCGCCCCUGAUCACCCAACACACACACAAGCUUUUAGUGCUGGAGGGCCAAACAGCUAGCCUGCGCUGCAAAGCCGUCGGCGACCCGAUGCCGAUCAUACACUGGGUUGCCCCGGAUGACCGUUUGAUCAGCAAUUCGUCCAGAGCGACAGUGUAUGAGAACGGCACUCUGGAUAUUACCAUUACCACGUCCAAGGAUUACGGCACCUUCAAUUGCAUCGCAGCCAACGCCGCAGGGGAAUCCACCGCCUCUAUAGAACUAUCCAUCAUUCAACUCCCCCACCUCAGCAAUGGUACCAACCGCACAGCACAGCCCAAGUCCAGGCUCUCUGACAUCACCAGCUCUACCAAGACUAGUAAGGGGGAGUCCAAGCCUGUGCCGGAAAAGGUGGUAUCCAUAUCUGAGGUGUCCGCAUCCUCAGCUCUGGUCAAGUGGACUGCUAGCAAAACAGCACCCAAGGUCAAGAUGUACCAGCUCCAGUACAACUGCUCUGAAGAUGAAGUCCUGAUUUACAGGAUGAUUCCUGUGGCCAGCAAAGCCUUCUUGGUCACCAACCUGGUCCAAGGGAUGCAGUAUGACUUAUGUGUCCUGGCUAUCUGGGACGACACCGCCACAACCCUAACUGCCACCAACGUGGUGGGCUGUGUCCAGUUCAUCACCCGUGAUGAAUACCCACAGUGCCAGUCACUCCACAGCCAGCUCCUGGGUGGCACCAUUAUCCUGGUGAUUGGUGGCAUCAUCGUGGCCACGCUCCUCGUCUUCAUCAUCAUCCUCAUGGUUCGGUACAAAGUGUGCAGCAGCACCCAGUCCAGCAAGCUGCCUGUGGUUAGCAACACGUACUCGCAGACCAAUGGAGGCUUGAACCGGCUCAAUGGUGUCCCGCCGCCACAGGUCAAACCUCAGACCACGACCACAGUGGUGGUCAUGCGGGAUGAGUUGGUGGAGUUCAAAUGUGGAUCGCUCCAGAGCAGCCUCUCCUCGUCUUCGUCUGACUCGCUGGACACUCGCGACGCUAGAGGCAGACUAGGAGACAGGGACCAGUACAGUCUUCGGAACAGCAAGUGCAGCACACUCCCCAGCACCAGUAAGUGGAGGAGGCAUGGGAGGCCAUCGUCGGUCAAGGCCAGGCCCAACUUGGACAACCUUUUAGGGGCCUUUGUCUCACUGGAGCUCCGUGGCACGGCUACGACUAGGGACCAUGGGGUGUCUUGUUCCUCCACCACAACCUCCAGUGCAUUGGUGGCCAUAACCAAGGCCCCUCCAUCUGACAAGGAACCCUUGCUGGGCCGGGCCGAGUCCACCACCAUGCUGGGGCAUUUUCUAGGCCUGUCCCAGGAAGGGAUGCCCAAGAGGAGCCACUCAUUUGACUACGGCCACGUGGGUAGCAGCGGCAGAGCACAGAGCCUCAGCAGCUACCCCCGUCGCAUCAGCAACAUCUGGACUAAGAGGAGCCUGUCAGUCAAUGGGAUGCUACUGCAGUACGACGACAGCGAAGACGGUGAGGGCGGAAUGGCGCCGUUCAAGAGCUCGGAGUGGGUGAUGGAGAGCACGGUUUGAACACAGAUUUUGGUCGGACCAGGAAGUCACUGGUCAAAACAGAAACAUCCUUUACAGAAGGAACCAAGGGACCAAAGAGUGAGUUGAAAGGAUACCUAUGGGGCAUCCACAGUGCUGUACUGCAUGAAGUUCAUCCAUGUGAAUACUAUCAUCCUUCUGUCGAUCUGAUUCUACCGAAACAAACACUCAGGUUAGUGGAUCUUAAAACUGUACAAAUCAACCACGCCAGGGUUUGCCACGCUCUCAAUCCGCUGGCAGGAAUGACUGUCCUCAACCGCAUUUGAAAAAAGUAGGCAUUACGGAACAAGGCCUCUUUGGAAUUGUGCAGAUACAGCCUAUAUGGAAUAAUGCCCGAACCGCUGGGAAUGAAUGUGGGAGUAUCUUGGAGAAACGGGGGAAAUAAAGGCGAGGAAUUCAAAGUGGAUUUCCACUGUCUUUGUCUAUCGAGCUCUAAGCCAAGGGGAAUUACCCAGACUGGCAAAGUGGAUGUGCAUCAAAAUGCUUUAGACUCUCAGCAUGAAAAUGCGACUACUACAGUGCAUUCGGAAAGUGUUCAGACCCCUUGACGUUUUCCACUUUGUG